UGCCAUCUAACACAUCGUGCGAUUGAUUACACCGGAAAUUUCAAAAACUCUUGAGAGGAAAAAUUAGGAAUGGAAACRAAUAGCGCCCAACUGGAAAUAUGAAAUGGUGACCAGGACAGUAAUUAUUGUGUAGGCAAAGUUUUGACUUUGAACGGAACUUGGACAAGAACAAUGAGGUUGAGAUGAGUCGUUUGGUGAGCUUGAGGGACGACUAACAAAAACCGAAACUUCCCCUUCUUCACGCAGUUUAUACUUCAUAUACCACUGACUAAAAUUAACUUAUACAAGACUACUGUACGAUUUCAUUUGAACUGAAGACAUCGUUCUCAUUCAUAAACAAGUCCGGCGUCUAAUUCUGCUGUUUUGCUGGAACAUUGAAAGGAUAUCCGAUUUGACAUCCAUAUCUCAGCUUCUGCGUCACUGGGUUCAUCACUUGCCAGGGUGACCUGGGUCGAUUGCGGAAGUUAAACUGUUCAAGCUCCCUGGGGGUAUCMKAUCAAGCAAGAAUGAACUUCUCGAUCAUCUUCGCUUUAUUUUCGUGGAUUAUUUGUAAAGUAGGAAGCGGGGAUGCUGCUCAAGAUAAUAGACAUCUAUUUCUCGACGGGGACAUUAUACUGGGAGGGCUUUUCAACGUCCACAAAAGAGGUAACAAAAGCGAAAACAGUUGCGGAGGACUGGACCAAAAUCCUGGUUACCAGUACUUUGCAUCCGCCCUUUUCGCUAUAAAAGAAAUCAACAAAGAYCCAAACAUACUUCCAGGGAUCAAACUGGGCUUGCGGGCGUAUGAUACUUGUCGAAGUCAAACUAUUGGAGCUGACGGCGCCAAGGAAUUGAUCAAAUACACCCUUCAACAAACUCAAGGUACUCCCCCAUUGGCUUGUGUGAUUGGUCCGUUCAGGAGUGACGUAGCAAUAGCUGUUGCCAACUUGCUAAGAGUGUUUGAUAUCCCACAAGUCAGCUUUGGAGCGACUGUUGUAAAACUGAGUGAUAAAGACAUCUAUAGCUAUUUUUUUCGAACGGUUCCCCCKAAUUCGUUUCAAGGUCGGGCACUUGUCGAUGUUGUUCGGUAUUUCGGAUGGAACUACGUCAUGACCGUGUACUCUCCRGGGUUGUAUGGAGAACCAGGYAUGGAUGAAGUGUACAGCGAUGCCAAGAGGAAAGGACUAUGUAUUGCGUCCAGGAAACGACUACCUUCUUUUCCAAGUACCAAGGACUAYGAAGAUACGAUACGUGAAUUGCUGGAAAUAAGUAAAAGGAAUACGAAGUCUGAACUGAAUGUUGUGGUCAUGUUUUGUAUUCAAAGAGAUAACACGGGUCUGGUGGCUGCUGCCAAGAAAAUCUUAAAAGGAAMAARCACUCGGUUUGUUUGGGUGGCUAGCAACUCCUGGGGAGCUAGACAGCCGGUGACUAAUGGUAACGAGGAGGGUGGGGAGGGUGCUCUGACGCUCAACUACAUCGAGGGRAAGGUGGUGAAAUUCAAAGAUUAUUUUCUCGRUCUCAACUAUAAAAGUCUCAAUGAAACAUGGUUCCAUGAGUUCUGGCAAUURACCAAGAAAUGCAAAAUCAAAGGWGCCACAAUUGAGCUUAAUUUUACGAAAAGUUGUAAYGAAAAYGAGAAUCUUUCACCAGAUUUUGGCAUUGCGCCCGUGAGAGUGUCAAUGAACGCCGUUUAUGCAGCGGUCUAYGCUCUAAAUGACAUGCACAAAGCCCUUUGUCRCGGCAAAACAGGAAUGUGUGAUGCAAUGCGCAAUCUAAAGAGAGAAGAGUUCUUGAAAUAUCUACGAAAUGUUAGUUUUCCCGAUUCAACUUCUAAUGAAACCAUCMAAUUCAAUCGCAAUGGCGAAGUAGAUGGCAGGUAUGACGUUCUUAACUUCAGGAAAUUCAAUGGCAAAUACACUUACUUUAAAGUUGGUUCAUGGUCAGGGAAACUGCAGGAUGACAACUCUGUCAAGGGUGGCGUUCAAAUUAAUAAAACCCUCAUAAAAUGGCCACCAACUUGGCAAAGCACUACCCCAAACUCCUACUGCAGCCGACCAUGUACCAUUAAGCAAAUCUACAAACCUGCAGUCACCAACCCAGAAUGUUGCUGGCACUGCGAAAAAUGCGGUACAACGUCUUUUAUUAUGAAUAAUACAUGUCGMAMWUGCUCACCUGGAAGUCGACCGAAUACCAACUUGASUGCAUGUUAYGAUCUGCUAUUGGUUUAUUCAAGGCUAAGUACCGAUGCCCCAGCACARAUUAUCWUGGUAAUAAUAGCUUUGAUAGGGCUAWUAGCAACCWCUGUAACUGCUUGGUAUUUCAUCAAGUAUAGAAACGAUCGCGUCAUUAAGGCCAGUGGAAAGGAACUCUGUGUGUUUUUGUUUUCKGGUGUUUUCUUUUGCUAUUUUUCAGCCUUGAUGUACCUACUCAAACCAACUGACUUYAUCUGCGGUGCGAGGCGCUUCUUGGGAAGCGUUUCCUUGACAGCUAUUUUUGCACCAGUUCUACUACGAACAAACCGGAUUUACCGGAUUUUCAAGUUUGCCCAGAAGUCUGUUUCACGUCCAUCGCUUAUAAGYCCCAUGUCRCAGRUGAUCAUGUGCGGUGGACUGCUUGCUAUUCAAAUUCUAGUGACGUCAUUUUGGUUCUUUACCGAYCCCCCACGGGCUUCCAUGUCAUAUCAAUAUGACGAUAGAAAUAUUCUGGAAUGUUCCAUGAAAAAUGUCAGCGUGGCCAUUAAUUUGUGUUAUAAUAUCCUAUUAAUGCUGAUCGCCACCUGUUACGCGUUCUUAACGAGAAACUUCCCUCGUAACUUUAACGAAGCAAAGUACAUUGGGAUCACUAUGUAUCUAUCUUGCUCUGUAUGGGUGAUUUUCCURCCUUGUUACCUGAAUGCUAAAGAUUCUAUCUGGAAAAGCAUGUUUGCAGCUUACGCGUUGGUUUUYGUUGCUACAUUCACAGUUGGAGGGCUACUGUUUCCUAGAGUUCUUCUUGUWCUCAAAGGAGCUGUUGUUGGACCUGAGACUCUGACUAUGACGGCACAGUCUGCUAACUGUAAACAGGGUGAUACAGUGACAGAAGGGAUUGAUAAUAAGGGAAGAUACGCUGGAAGUUCUGUAGAUCAACCACAGAGCUCUAAUGUUAAAUAAACUAUAAUUGCUCAUUUGUCAUAUGUUCAAUCACAAAUCUUGUUCCUCUCUAAGUAUAAAAUAUAAAAGGACAAAAGGUACGGUUUGAAAAGAACCAACUUAUUUAGCCUUCUUUUCUCCUUCUCGAAAAGAUCAGAACUGUCUCGAUUGAAUACAAACGAAGAGUUGAUACCUAGAAUUAUAAAUCAAUUCAGUGACGAAGCAACACAAUGGCAUUGCUAUUGUUAGGCAGCGCCCAACCAUUUUUGGAAAUACUUGCAACCAACAAUAAAAUGUAUUGUUCACAAAUACGGGAUGCGACAACACCUAUAUUGUAAAAUAGGAUAUUUUUUUUCUUAUUAAUAAAGAAUAUAAUUGUUAUUAUCAA